AUGUAUCUUAAAACUCUUUAGAAAAAAGUCUUUUCCUCAAGACUCUCUAGACAGGUUUAGCUCAGUUACUCCCAUGGAACAUCUACUAAACCCCUUUUAAGUGAGCAUGUGUCCUAGCGACUAAGAACUAUCACAGACUAAUAUCCCACAAAUAUAGCUUUGAUAUCUCACCACUAGCAAAUCAGGAUGACUUAUGAGUAAAUGAAUGACAAAGUAGAUAAAUUAGCAAAAGGUUUGGUUGCCUUAGGCCUCAACAAAGGUGAUCGUAUCGGUAUCUAUGCAUAAAACAAAGCAGAGUGGACUCUACUGUAAUUUGCCGCUUCAAGAGCAGAUCUAAUUUUGGUAAAUGUAAAUCCAGCGUUUCAGCAAAACGAGCUUUAGUAUGCAUUAAAGCAAGUUGGCAUUAAAACCCUAGUUAUGACUGAUAAAUUCAAGAGUUCCAAUUAUGUGCAGUUUGUUAGAGACCUAAUUCCAUAGCUGGAUAAGGCUACCAAUCCACUAGAUCUAGGACACAUUCCUGAAUACCCUAAUCUCAAGAAUAUCGUACUAAUAGCUGAUCAUAAAGAGUAAGGAAUGAUUAAUUUUGAGGAUCUUUAUGAACUUUAUGAUUCAAAUGAUGACUAUCAGCUCUAAUUAAGAGAAAAGGAAAUAGAUUUUGAAAGCCCAACUAACAUCCAGUUCACAUCAGGAACUACUGGGUAUCCCAAAGGUGCCACUCUCUCUCAUUUCGGUAUUUUGAAUAACGCAUACAAUAUUGGCUCCUUUAUGAGAUUGACGAGCAAAGAUAAGAUUAUUAUUCCUGUCCCUCUAUAUCAUUGCUUUGGAAUGGUCAUUGGAAAUCUAUGUGCUCUAAACUAUGGUGCAGCAAUGAUUUACCCCAGUGAAAGCUUCGAUGCAAAAGCUGCUUUGGAAUGCACUACUUAGUAUAAAGCCACUACUCUUUAUGGUGUGCCGACUAUGUUUAUUGCUAUGAUAGAAGAAUAUAUAAAAAAUAAAGAUAAAUACGAUAUUAGCCAUCUUAGAACUGGAUUCAUAUCAGGGUCAGGAGUACCAGAAGCUUUAAUGGAUAAAAUUAGAGAUGUUUUCAAUAUCUAGUAAAUGACUCAAGGCUAUGGUUAGACAGAGUGCUCUCCGGUUGUAACUCAAAGUGAAGCCAAUGAUAAACAUGAAAAGAAAUCAAAAACUGUUGGUCGAGCAACACCCCAUGUUGAAGUUAAAAUAGUAAAUCCUGAAACUGGGAAAAUUGUACCAAUGGGAGAUGCUGGUGAAGUUUGUGCCAGAGGCUAUCUAGUAAUGAAUGGAUAUUGGAAUGAUGAAAAGAAGACAAAGGAUACUAUUGACGAGAGAGGCUGGAUUAAAACAGGAGACUUGGGCUAGUUUGACGAAGAUGGAUUCUUGAAAAUCAUUGGAAGAUCCAAGGACAUGAUUAUAAGGGGAGGGGAGAACAUCUACCCCAAAGAGCUGGAAGAAUAUUUCAUGAAACAUCCAAAUGUAUAUGAUAUCUAAGUGAUUGGAGUGAAUGAUGAAUUUAUGGGCGAGGAGGUCUGCGCCUGGAUUAAAUUCAAACAAGAAGAUAAGACCACAGUUUAAGAUCUUCUUGAUUACUGCCAAGGCUAGAUUUCACAUUAUAAAAUUCCAAGGUAUGUGCGCUUUGUGAAAGAAUUCCCUCUGACAGUAACAGGUAAAGUUAAGAAAAACGAUAUGAGGCAUUUGACAAAUGAACUCUUGAGAUAACCUCAGAAUGACAUUUAGGAGAUGAAAGCAAAGAAGAAAAAUACCUAAAAGUGA